AUGGCCGAGGAUAAACAACCACCUGCCGUCGUCGAGGGCGCCACCGGCGGUGACGUCGAGGAAGAGGUCCAGCCCACGGCCAAGUCCGCCGAGGACCGCAAGGCCGCCGCCGCUCUGUCCAGCCUCGACUCCAACCGCGAAGACGAGUCCUCUGCCCAGGUCGACCAGGAUGCCGUCAAGAACGCUUUCCACUCUCUCAGCACUGCUGGUAGCAAGCAGGCCGAGGUGAAGAAGGUCAAGGUUGAUGCGGCCGAUGUCGCCCUUCUCGUCGAGGAGCUCGAGCUCACCAAGGCCAAGGCUACCGAGUUGCUGAAGGCCCACGAUGGUGAUGCCGUCAAGGCCAUCAAUGCCUAUGUUGCUGCCCCUGCGGCUUAA